UAUCAUUCAAGUCGGUGCCUAUACUAAAAUAUAAAAAAUGUCUGACGAAAAAGAAAAGGAAAAAGAAACUCCCAAGGAUAUUUCAGAUGAUACUGGAAAGGAAAGAAAAUCAAUAAGGGUUUUAGAUCCAUCAGUUAGCUUUUUUCAGAAAGAUGACGAAGCCAAUGCGGGAACGUCUCCUUCAAAAUCCAAUAAAGAACCUCCUAACGUGGCACCGAAACCAAGGAAACCUUCAAUAAGGGUAUCAGUCUCUGAACCUGAAAAAGACACAGUACACAAAAAGAAACUGAGGAAAAACCGGGCUUCUCAAAAUCAUUUGAAACCAAUAAAGGCAGGCAAUCCGAAACAAAAGAUGGUAAUACAAGCACUGAUAAAAAGAGACCGACAAGGUUCAAAGCAUUCAAUAGGAUCUGUACAUAGCAAGUCGCAUCUUGAUGAUAAAAAUCGACAAGGAUCUGUAGCUAGAAAAUCAUAUAUUGAAGAUAAAAAUUACCAAGGACCUGUUCUUAGGCAAUCACAUCUUCAAGACAGAAAUCUCCAAGGAAAACAUCAAGAAAGACCUUCAAGCGGACCACAAAAGUACAAUGAACGAGAACAUAUAACUUAUUCAAGAAGACGAAGAGAACCAUUUGAUGGAUUCGAUAAGGAAAAGUACCUAGCAGAUAUGAUUGAUUAUGAGCGCUCAUCAGAGACAAACUUUUCUUCAAAUAGGCCAGAAAAUAGGGAAAACUGGAUGCCAGAUAGCGCUCUUCGACAUCGUUUUGGCAGCCGGCAUAAAUUUAAUACAACCUCAAGCCUUUUGGACGAAGAGGGAGAGGAAGAAGAUCCUGAUUUAUAUUCAAUUGGAUCAUCAACCAUGAAGGGUAGCACUCGCUCACAUAACGACGAUCGUUCCACGUUCCUAGCUGAAAUAAUCAAUAUGGGAAAGUUGAAGGAGUUGAAGGAUCAACGCGUAUCAACUGCAGAUUAUCUUAAGCAACGCAGAGCUGACCAAACCAUCGAUGAGAUAAAAGGUUCCAAGACAACUGGAACUGGCAGAAAUCAUGUCGAUGAAAUAAAAUGGAAAGAAACCUUUAGUGAUAGUAGUGACGAUGACGAUGAUGCCAGGUUUAAAAACAGAGGCACCAUCACAAAAAUCUUUUGUCUUGCCCAAAGAGCUGAAGAAAAUCCAAAAGAAAAUGAGGAUCAAAAAGAAGAUAACAAGGAUGUCAGCAAGGAUAAGAAGCCUCCCACAGAACCAGAAAUAGAAUUGGAGGCCAAAAAACCUUGGAGCUUUCCCAUCACGGAAACAUUUUCUGAGAUCCCUGGAGAAAAACAGACACUGGACGAAAAAAAGCUAAUCAAAAUAGGAAAGAGAAACAGGAAAAUCAGAGCUAUUGGAGUUAAUACUUAUAUAAGUAGAAAACCCCAAAAAGUAGAGAGCAUGCCAGGAAUUGAAGAGGGAAUUAUUCACGAUGAUGGAAAACUGCGUGAUAUAGGACAAGUCACUGAAAGGCGGCACAAGCAUCGCAAUUAUAAAUAUAAAACCGAAACAGACGAUCAACCCAUAGAAAUAGGACCCUUGGAUGAUCGAGUUAGGGAAAUUGGAGUUAAUACUAAAGUCCUUCCAAAAACCAAAGAUCCACCAAUUUCUGAGAUGUACGAGCAUCCGGGAAAUACUUUAAGAAAUUUUGGAACCAACACAGAUAAACCUUUUAGGCCAAUUGACGACGGAACUGAAGUUAUCUACUCAACACCUUUUAAGUAUGAUGAAAAGAAAUUGAAUGAUCUCAUUGUGGAUCCACCGAUAUAUGAUAACCCUUACAAGCUGCCGACAAAGGACGAAGGACGUCCUUAUUAUAAAGGCUGUGAAUACCAUUUUCCGGGCAGAACUGGUUGGCGUCGCCUCUUCUACAAUAAUACCUAUGGAAAAUAUGAAUUACGCCGUGGAAGUCACUGGUUCUAUACACUGAUUUUUGCCAUAUGCUACAUUGCAUUUGUUGUUCUUUUUUCCAUGGCCUGGUUUGAUUACCUCACAAAUGAUGCUACAAAUGAUGCACCCAAGUCAAAAAUGCACGCGCCAGUUAUGACUUUUACUCCGAUUGGACCCAGAACUAAUCCCAAAGGGAUCUCAUUCGAUCCACAGAAUGAAACUGAGACCAUGGAAAAGAAUGCCGCGAUAAUGGCUCUGUUGGAAAAAUAUGGCGAUUCUGGUCAUAAUUUUCGAUUUGGACCUUGUAAUGCCCACGAAAAGUUUGGAUAUCCCAGUGGUGAACCGUGUGUUUUUCUGAAAGUAAAUCGAAUAAUAGGCUUUAGAACCGAACCAUACGUUGAUUCCGAUGAGCUUGUGAAUGCCAAAGUUAGCGAGGAUGAAUUUUUGGCUUUGAGAAGCCUUUUGGAGAAUGCUACUUCCAAGGAGGAUCGUGAGAACCGUACUUGGAUUACUUGCCAAACGGAAGAGAACAAGAAUAUUCAAAUAGAAUUCCAUCCAGAAGCGGCAAUCCGAACGGAAUACACCGAUAUUAAAGAGAAAAUCGAGUACGUUGGGGAUAAAAAUAAGAAAUCCUUCUUUGGCCCAAAUGAUCUAAAUAGAGUUGUGGCUCUGAAGAUUAAAAAUCUAAAGCCAAACGAGCGUAUCUAUGUGAAAUGCAAAAUGUGGGCUCAUAAUAUCAAGCACAAUCAAAAGGGUUUUGGUCAGGUUUCGUUUUAUGUUUUAUUAGCUACAGAUAGAAAUCGUGAAAAGGUGGAAAAAGUUCUCAGAUACCAUGAAACAUUGUAAUGAAAAUAUUAUUUUUUGUUAAUAAUACUUUUAAUAAAUGAAUA